AUGCAGCACCAUGCCCCGUAUGGAUAUCCCACUCCCCCGGCCUCUCCCGCGUACGACAACCCCAAGUGCAACGUCCAACAGCCCUUUGCGACACGCACUUUCCAGCCCCGAUGUGUACCCCUUGCCCCAGAGCAGCGUUUAGGACGUCUUCUCGAGGGUAAGCUCCAGCUAACAGAUAUCCUUGGUACCGGCGCAUAUGGCGUCGUCUACACUGCCCUGGAUAUCAACACUGGAGCUCGGUAUGCUGUAAAGUGCCUGAGCAAGUACAAUGCCGACGGAACACCACUGGAACGCCGCCAGAUUGCCUACCAGCAGCGAGAGAUUCGUCUGCACUACCACGCAUCGGCGCACCCUAACGUGGUGUCCAUGUUGAAGAUUGUCGAUGACCCUGACUGCAUCUAUGUUAUUCUAGAGUACUGCCCUGAGGGUGACCUCUUCUUGAAUAUCACUGAGCGCGGUCAGUACGUUGGUAAAGAUGAACUCUCUAAGAAGGUGUUCCUUCAGAUCCUGGAUGCCGUUGAGCACUGCCACAACUUGGGCAUCUACCACCGGGACCUCAAGCCUGAGAACAUUCUCGUCACCGACAAUGGAGAGACCGUCAAGCUGGCCGACUUUGGACUUGCUACCAGUGAGGACCGCUCCGAGGACUACGGAUGCGGCUCAACCUUUUACAUGAGCCCAGAGUGCUUGGACCCUUCCGCGAGAAAGCCCUACUACAUGUGUGCCCCCAAUGAUGUCUGGAGUCUGGGAGUCAUCCUAGUUAACUUGACUUGCGGACGCAACCCAUGGAAGCAGGCUUCCUUUCAAGACUCCACCUACCGCGCAUAUGUUCGCUCCCAGGACUUUCUUAAGACCAUCCUCCCGUUGACUGAUGAGCUCAAUGACAUUUUGGGCCGCAUCUUCAACCCCAACCCCGAGCACCGGGUGACUCUCUCUGAGCUGCGUAACAGGAUCAUUGCUUGUUCCCAGUUCACCGUGCCAGCAGUGCCCACCAUGACUCUGCCCACACCCACCUCUACCCAAGACCAAUACGUUCCCAACGAGGACGCCAUAGUCGACGACUAUGACUGCGACUCGCCCCUCUCGCCUGUUUCGACGUCGUCCAAUGAAGGCUCGCUCAUCUCGAGUGUGUCGACCAUUGAUGACUUUGACAACGAUGAUGAGGACGAAGACUUCAUGGCAGACCAGCAGGACUUGCCUCGGGAGUACAUUCCCCAAACCUACGAGCCAGAGGAAUUUUGCGAGCAGCAACAACAGCCCGUGUAUCACGGCCACGAGUUCGUCCCACAGCAGUACACUGGCCCUGUCCCCGUGCCUGUUCUGCAUACUCCCAUUGUUCCCGUUCCUGUGGUGGCAGCGCCCAUACAACAUCUGCCCUGCCAGCAAGUCCCGGUUCCUAUCCAGGCACCCAUUCCUGUGCAGCCUACUUGCCAACCCAAAUCCUUCUUCCCUCUGUGGGAAGUGGUCAAAUACGUUCAGCAGGUGCCAAUGAUGCAGCACCCUGUGCCUUUUCACCAACAGGUGUCUUUCUUAUCAUCCCUUCCUGGCUGCUACUAA